CUCCAACACCCGAUUCCCGUACGUGCACGUACAUUACCGUCCGGUUAUUCGGCACCGGAUUCGGGCCACCAACACUAUCCGUUUUUCGAUCUGGCUACGCGAUUGCCUUUAGCAACACAACAAAAUGAUUUAACCACAUUCAAUAGUCAAGUGGUUGAGUUUGCGCAACUCAGUCCUAAUCAGAUAACCGGAUCACCACCACCACCGUUCGUACCACCUCCACCUCCUCCGCCACCACCACCGCCACGAGCUUAUGUUGUCGGACGAAAAACGCUGAAAAACACGGUCAUGGAUCACAAUCGGCCGUUGGAUUCCAGUGACCUGUUAACUUCGGAGUCAACCAUAAUCCCCCAAGCCACACCAACGGGUCAAAUGUCCAAGGUGCCCAGUACACCUCGAUUGCCAAUCAAGUCGGUGACCACAACCGGGAGGAUCAGUACCAAUGAUCACAUGAAUCUGAGCAGUGCCAAUCAUAGGGAUGCAGAAAUGACGGAUGAAACGUUUGCUCUCAAUACAACGAAUCAACAAAUCAAAAAGACCGAUACUUCAUCCGUGCCGUACAUCUGUGUCACGGAUGAGGAAUUUGAAGCACUGCGUCGACGUGGGCAGUUCAUCGAAUGGGGCGUAUUCAAUCGAGCCCUAUACGGGACCAGUCAGAGUACUGUGCGUAAAACCGUGGAGGACGGCAAAGUUUGCUGUAUCACCCUGCGUCCGGAUGUGAGUUUUAUUAUCGCCCAGGUGUUGCUUCUGCUUCUCUCGUCCGUGCCCUCGCAUGUGCCCGUUUGUUAA